AGCAGGAGCGCACUAGGCAGCAGAGCCUCGGUGUUCAGCUGCUCACCAGCCGCCGUUUCUUUUUCACUGAAACCCUUUAUACCCGCCCGCAGGCAGUGCUGCAGGUCUAGAAUGACUGGGAAAACCCAGACCAGCAACGUGACCAACAAGAAUGACGCGCGUUCCCUCAAUUCCCGCGUCUUCAUCGGCAACCUCAACACAGCUGUGGUGACCAAGGCCGACAUUGAGGCCAUCUUUGCGAAGUAUGGCAAGAUAGUGGGCUGUUCGGUUCACAAGGGCUACGCCUUCGUUCAGUACGUCAGCGAGAGGAACGCCCGGGCCGCAGUGGCCAGCGAGAACACCAGAGUCAUCGCUGGACAAUCAUUAGAUAUCAACAUGGCAGGUGAACCAAAACCAUACAGGCCUAAGAUAGCCUCCAAGAGACCCCUCUCAUCUCUCUACAGUGGCUACGAGUUUGAUUAUGACUACUACAGAGACGAUUUCUACAGCAGACUCUUUGAGUAUCAUGGCCGCGUUGCACCCCCAACCCGAGCUGUUAUCCCCAUCAAACGUACACGGCUGGUCGCUCCAUCCACUCGCAGAGCCAAAUCCUGUUUUCCAGCCAGGGCCUGUUCGUCGUCUUCAUCAUCCUCUUCAUCCUCCCGACCGUUCAACGCUGGCUCCUCCAUCACUGGUCCUAAAAUGAAGACAGAUCAGCUGUUUACAAUCAAGAAGGAGCUGUCGCAGAUCAAGACAAAAAUUGACUCACUGCUGGGGAGGUUGGAGAAGAUUGAGAGGCAAUAUCGCUCUGAUGCAGAGAUGCAAAGGAAGCAGGAAGAGACGUGUGAGUGUCUCCAUGGCGACGCAAACGACCGUUCUGGGGAAGAGGAAGCGGGGACGGUCGAGGUGGAGGCGGGGGAAAUGACGGAUGGCGGCGAAGAUGACUUUGAAGAUGAAGGCACCGGUGACAUGAUAGAGAACCACAUAUCAGACAUUGACAACUGAACAAGUUGGGAGACAAAAAGAAGCAAAAACAAGAACAAGAACUUGCUAGAACCAGCAAUACCUCACUGAUCGAGGAGGUAUAUUUUACAUUAAAGGCAACAGAAAGUGAGUGGCGACAGAGGGGGGCGUUUUCAGACGUGUUUAUAUCUCAUUUCCCUCAUAAAGACUUAUCUGUGCUUCAUCACAAUGCUGGGUAAGAAAGUACAACAAGAUCAGUUGCAAAGAGCAAUCAAUCCCCUCUAAGAAGGGUUGCUUUUCUGGAAAAUAUGGACUAUACAUGUACAUUAUUUUAUGUGCUUAAUCUAUUCUGUUCUGUAUUGUGAAUAAAAAUACAGGGAUCUGACCAGAUGAAACUGAGAUGGUCUCUUUCGUUGUAUAUUUCUGUUCCUGUACAUUGAAAACUGUGACAUGCUGCGAUACAGGCAGAGAGCUAAAGAUGAAUGUAAGAGGAACAUAUUUUAUUUGGCGCCUGAUGAAACUGCAAUGGUUUAUUUGUACACUUGAAGUAAAUGUGCACUCUAGAUUAUUCAUAAUGUCUCCACACUGUAUUGUAUUUAUAUCAUGUUUGUUAUUUGUUGUAUUGAAUAAGAAGCAUUUUUAGUUCAUUAUGUUCUCUUUAUGGUAAUCACAAGAUGAUUUGGGGUUUUUUUUUCCUGUCAGCAUGACAGAGAUUUGACUAUUAUGGAUCAUCUGUAUUCAUUAUAUCUGUUGUACAGUCACUGAUGAUACGUUUUUGACAUAAACCCCCACUCU